AUAAUAAUAACGCCAACGUUAUAUUCUUUUCAUUGCAACAACGAGUGAAAGAAAGAUAUACUAUAAGCGGAUUUUUAUGAUCAUCGUUUUUGUACCACUGUAACUUGUAUCUUAGUCAUCAUUUUUUUUUAAAAAAAAAGAAAGUUGAGGCAACUUUGGUUUUACAAAUUUUUCUAAAAAAAAAUCCAUUCCUGAAAAAAAUCUUCCUACCAAAAAACAAAACACGAAACAAAAAUGGUUCAUAAAGUUACCGAUAAGGAUGAUAUGAAAAAACAAUUAAAAGAUGCUGGCAAUAAAUUAGUUGUUGUUGAUUUUUAUGCAACUUGGUGUGGCCCUUGUCGUUUGAUUGCACCGGUAUUGGAAAAAAUGGCCGAAGAAAAUAAAGAUAAAUUGGUUGUAUUGAAGGUUGAUGUUGAUGAAAAUGAAGAAUUGACAAGCGAAUAUGGUAUAACAUCGAUGCCUACAUUUGUAUUGAUUAAAAAUGAACAAAAAGUUCAUUCAUUUUCUGGUGCCAGUGAACCAAAAUUGCGUGAAGCUAUUCAACAAUAUAGUUAAAAUAGAAAA